GUUUGCGGUGCCGCUCAGACCCGUUGCGCGUCUGUCGCUCCCAGCGCUGCCGGCCCGAGUCAUGCGUGAGUGCAUCUCAGUCCAUGUUGGUCAAGCUGGUGUGCAGAUUGGAAAUGCAUGCUGGGAGCUGUACUGCCUGGAGCAUGGCAUCCAGCCCAACGGGACCAUGCCAAGCGACAAAACCAUCGGCGGAGGCGAUGAUUCCUUUAAUACCUUCUUCAGUGAGACUGGAGCAGGAAAACAUGUUCCUCGUGCUGUGUUUGUGGACCUCGAGCCAGCAGUGAUAGAUGAAGUUAGGAAUGGAACAUACAGACAACUCUUUCAUCCUGAACAACUGAUAUCUGGUAAAGAAGAUGCUGCAAAUAAUUAUGCUCGAGGUCAUUACACAGUUGGGAAAGAGAUAAUUGACUUAGUCCUAGAGCGUAUCAGGAAACUGUCAGACCAAUGCACUGGCUUGCAGGGUUUCCUGAUUUUCCACAGCUUUGGGGGAGGCACUGGCUCAGGUUUCACUUCCCUGCUGAUGGAGCGCCUGUCUGUUGACUAUGGGAAAAAGUCAAAAUUGGAAUUUGCCAUCUACCCUGCACCACAGGUCUCAACAGCUGUUGUUGAGCCAUACAACUCCAUCCUGACCACCCACACCACUCUGGAGCAUUCCGACUGUGCCUUUAUGGUUGACAAUGAGGCCAUCUAUGACAUUUGCCGUAGGAAUCUGGACAUUGAACGCCCGACAUACACUAACCUCAAUCGCCUCAUUGGUCAGAUUGUGUCUUCCAUUACUGCUUCCCUCAGAUUCGAUGGUGCCUUAAAUGUGGAUCUCACUGAAUUCCAAACUAACUUGGUGCCUUACCCUCGUAUCCACUUCCCACUGGUAACGUAUUCCCCAAUUAUUUCAGCAGAGAAAGCCUAUCAUGAGCAGCUCUCUGUGUCUGAGAUAACCAAUGCAUGCUUUGAGCCUUCCAAUCAGAUGGUGAAGUGUGACCCUCGCCAUGGCAAGUACAUGGCCUGCUGCAUGCUGUAUCGAGGGGAUGUUGUCCCCAAGGAUGUCAACGCUGCUAUUGCUGCUAUCAAAACCAAGCGCACGAUCCAGUUUGUGGACUGGUGCCCUACUGGUUUUAAGGUUGGCAUCAAUUACCAGCCACCAACAGUGGUUCCUGGUGGUGACCUAGCCAAAGUGCAGCGGGCAGUGUGCAUGCUGAGCAACACUACAGCCAUUGCUGAAGCAUGGGCUCGUCUUGACCACAAGUUUGAUCUGAUGUAUGCCAAACGUGCCUUUGUUCACUGGUAUGUUGGAGAAGGGAUGGAGGAAGGGGAAUUCUCAGAGGCUCGGGAAGAUUUGGCUGCACUUGAAAAAGAUUAUGAAGAAGUGGGCACAGACUCGAUGGAUGGAGAAGAUGAAGGCGAAGAAUACUGAAUGCAGCCAAAGUGAAUUGCAGGUCUUCACCAGUGUACUGCCUUCUUAUUAGCAGUGUAAAUCAUGUCUAAUGAUUGGAAUAAACUUCUUUAAGACAUCCA